CCACUUCCAAGUACUUCCAAUGCUAAGAAAUUGGCGUCGUUGCUGGAUAAAGUAAGACCUCAUGGUCAAUGUCCGCUCCGCUGCCGCUGGUCAGGUCAGAUGACUGCGAGCAAAAUUUCUCAACAUGGCCAGAAAACUGUAGCUGGGCACUUGGGAGAGUUAUUCCAUCUCGCAGUUGUUGCGCUGCGCGACCUCGGAGCCUUUUCGAAACUUGCAAGUCGCCCAAUCCUACUUGGGCAGUCCUUGCAUCAGAUAUUACAGCUUGUGAUCCAGACUCUUCCCAGAACGGCCUCAAGUACUCUUGCUCUUUAUGUUUUCUUCAAAUACACUGCCCGUCUCUACGACAUCGAGUCAUGCCAGGGGAAUCUGGUGAUUCGAGCUCACAGCUACGUUUAUGACUACCCCGCUUCCAAGGUAAGCUUCUGCAAGGCAAUUGACUCGUUGCCAGAUAUAUUUUGCGUCUUUUAUAGCCUUUCCACCGCAUGCUACCUUAUUUCAAACCCACUUAUGAGUUGCCAGGGUAGUCCACGCAAGGAAACUGAUUUGCAUGUCAAACGAAACAGCCGCGAGUCAUUGCGUACGGCUCGAGACCUAAGCUUAAUUCAUCGACAGUGGGCCCCAUGAAUGGCUGUUGUGCUCGAGCACCCGUGUGACCACGUGAUGACGGAUGUCUGCAACCUGAAAAGCCGCAGCCGCCUCAUCUGGUCUGCCCAGUCGGGCGUCGCAGACCUUCCGUUUCAAGAUCCAGCUUCGCCGCACGCGGCUCCGAUCAUGUCUCAAGGGCCGGACCAAUCCUGACCGAAUGGC